AGUUUCGGUUGCAGAUGCAGCCACGAGCGCGCGCGCCGCCCUUUCCACCUCGUACCACGAACGCCGACCCCCACUUGCAUCCUCUCAUUCCUCUCCGCAUGCCAUUGCCAAUGCCGCAUGGACUUCCAUGCCGACCGCGCGCAGUCCGCCCAUCCGUUCCUCUGUACACCGCCCGCACGUUCAUGUCAAACCCGCAGCACUACUUGCAUUGCAUCCACAGCCAGCUCGCCGUGGGUAUUAUAUAGCAACCCGCGAGUGUCAACGAAUUCAUAAUGCGCAACUAGCUAGCUCGUCGUGAGCUCGCGAUCGCAAUCUGCAAGCUCGAUCUCGCUGCAGGUGCGUGCCAUGGGAAGCGGCGUGCUGCGGUGGAUCUGCGUCGUGCCAGCCCGGAGGCAACGCCGGCGGCGACCGCGCGCGGCGAGGCUGGUGCUGUGGGGCGGGGAGACGAGGGAGGCGGAGCACGGGCGAACGGCUGGGGAGGUCAUGGUCGAGCACGGGGCCGGCGGAAGCGUGGUGUGCCGGGCAGACGGGUUCCGCGUCGGGCGCCCCGCGCCGGUGCUCGCCGUCGAGGACCGGCUCGAGGCCGGCGUCACGUACGUCGUCGUCCCCGUGGACCGGCUCCCGGCGCAGGGGCAGGGCGCGGUCACCGCGGGGUCGCUCGCGGCGCUCUCCUACGACAGACACCACGAGGGCGCCCGCACCGUCUCGUCCUCGUCGUCUGCGCCGUCGCUGGCCGCGGGCGGGAGGAGCCCGUUCGAAUAUGUCAAGGACGGCGACGGCCGGACUGUGAUCAGCGUCACGGAGGAAUUCAUCGUGAGGUCCGUCACGGGGAGGCGGUCACCUGCUGGUGAUCGUGCUGACGACGAGGAGAACGGGGCGCUGAUCUGCAGCACGCCGGAGCUGAGGAAACACUACGAGCAGCUGGUGGGGGCGGCGAGGGACAGGCCUUGGUCUCCGCGACUGGAGACGAUCGAGGAGCGGAAGGCGCGGAGGAUGGUGGACGUCGUGAUCAGCCCACGGACGAUGUCGCCGGCCAGGCUGCUGGGGCUGGUCAAGGGAUCAAGUGAGCGAGCUAGGUAGGACGCCGACCUGGUGCACAAAAGCAUGGAUGCAAUCAUGCAAACUCAUACAUUAUGAAAGAGGCCAACAGUAACAUUGGGUAUUUCUUACCGAUGUCUGCUCAAGCUAUUGAUACUUGAAUAUGCAUGCCUGCGAUGUGUACAUUUUUCUUAAUUUCCUCAGAAAUUUUGUGCAGGUGAAUGUACUCUCU